AUGACCAAGUCGCUGUUUGACGACGACGAAGAGGAGCAUGUGCAGCAGCUGCGUGUGAACGAGGACUACGCCAAACGCUUCGAGCACAACAAGAAGCGCGAGGAGCUGCACCGCCUCCAGGAAAAGUAUCCGGAGCAGGCAGCCAGAUUAGCAAAGGGCCACGCACGCAAAGCCGCUGCCGCCGCCAAUGCAGCAGCGGGCGGCGCAGCACAGGAGCAGGAGGAGGAGGACGAGUCGUCUUCGGAUGACGAGGACGAUGAUGCGGGGGUGAUUGAUGCCAAGACGCAGGCCCAGAUCUUUGAGACCAUCCUGAAGAUCCGCAGGCGCGACCAGAGCAUCUACGAUGCGCAGGCCAAGUUUUACAGCAGCAGCGACGGCGAGGAUGAGGCAGGCACAGGCGCCGCCGACCCCGCCCCCAAGAAGGCCAAGAAGGAGAAGCCCAUGUACUUGAAGGAUGUGAUCUACAAGCAGGCGGUGGAGGGCGGCGGGGCGUCGUCGGACGAGGGCGAGCCGGCGGCGGCGCGCCCGCAGCCGCGCACAUACACGCAGGAGCAGCAAGACCUGAAGCAGGCCUUCCUGGCUGCAUUUGAGGAGAAUGUGGAGGGUGGAGGCGGCGGCGGCGAGGGCGGCGACGGCUUUGGUGACGGCGUGCUGCAGCAGCGGCCCAAGAAGAAGAAGCAGAGGCAGGCGGCGGCCAGCGACGGAAGCAGCGACGAGGGGGAAGGGGAGGAGGCAGCUGGCGCCGGCGCCGGCCAGGAUGACGAGGCGCGGGUGCAGCAGCUGCUGGACGGCUACUUUGGGCGGGAUGCGGAGCUGAGCGCGGAGGACAAGUUCCUGAAGCGGUACAUCCUCAACAAGGGAUGGGUGGAGGAGGGGGAUGAUGAGUAUUACGGGGAUGAGGGGCAUGGCGGCGAAGCGGUGGACGACGAGGAGGACGAGCAGUUUGUGGAGCAGGCAGGCAAGCAUUACGAGCACGCCUACAACUUCCGGUUUGAGGAGCCGGGCGGCGCCACCAUCGUCACGCACCCCCGCAACAUUGACGGCACGGUGCGCAAGGCGGACGACAGGCGCAAGCGGGCGCGCGCCGACAAGGCGGCGCGGCAGGCGGCGGAGGAGGCGGCGCGGCAGGCGGAGGUGCGGCGGCUGAAGAACCUGAAGAAGGCGGAGAUAGAGGAGAAGCUGCACGAGAUCCAGAGCGUGGCGGGCAGGGCGGCGCCGCGGCCCGAGGUGCUGGAUGCGCUGGUGGCGGGCGACUUUGACCCUGAGGAGUACGACCGCCAGAUGGCGGCCGCCUUUGGGGACGACUACUACGAGGCGGGCGGCGCGGAGCAGGAGGAGGAUGACCUGGCUGACGAGGUGUUUGAGCGGGAGCUGGAGGCGAUGGCCAGGUAUGGGUCUGACGACGACGACCCGCAGACGUUUGCCGCCCUGCACAAGCGCCUGGCGGCGCAGCGCCGCGAGCAGGCGGCGGCAGGCACCAAGGAAGACGAAGACGAAGACGAGGAGGAGGAGGAGGAGGGUGAUGAGGAGGGCGAGGAGGAGGAGGAGGGGGGCGACCCCGAGGCGGCGGCGCGGGCGCGGUCGGAGGUGCAGCGCCUGCUGGAGGAGUACUACCGGCUGAACUACGAGGAUGUGGUGGGGGGCAUACCCACGCGCUUCAGGUACAAGGAGGUGCCGGCCGACACCUUUGGGCUGGGGGUGGAGGAGAUUCUGGCCAUGGACGACAAGGAGCUGAACCAGGUGGUGGGCCUCAAGACGCUGGCGCCCUACAGGGAGGAGCACCGCCGCUUCCGCCCCAACUACCAGAAGCUCAACCAGCUGCGCAAGGAGAGGGAAGAGAAGGCGGGGCAGCGUCGCGGCGGCGGCGGCGGAGGCAGGCUCUUUGGCUCCAAGCAGCAGCACUGGGGCGGCAAGCAGGAGCAGCGGCCUGGGCAGCAUGGGGCCCAGCAGCAGCCCCAGUGGAAGCAGAGGGGCGGCGGCGGGCAGCAGUGGCGGCAGGACGGCCAGCAGGCCCAGCGGCAGCAGCAGGAGGGCGGCCAGCAGGAGGUGCAGCCCGAGAAGAGCGCUGCCGCGCGGCGGCUGGAGUCGUUUGCCAAGCCAACGCUCAAAAAGGCCAGGCAGGAGGCGGCAAGGCAGCAGCAGGCGCAGGAGGGCGGCGGCAAGAAGCGCAAGCGGGAGCAGCCCCAGUCUGGCAGCGGCGGCGGUGGCGGCGGCGGCGGCGGGAAGCCCAAGCAGAAGCAGCCUCAGCAGCCCCAGCAGCAGGCCAACGGCGACGGCCCGGCGCUGACCAAAGCCCAGAAGAAGAACAUGAAGCGGGCAGAGAAGCGGGCGCAGAAGCGGGCAAAAGUGGCUGCAUACUGCUGA